ACUUUCGAGCAAAAGUACCCCUGUGACACAAACCACGAGAAGACGGACAACAACCCUUCUAUGCCUGAAAAAAUCAAGACGAAGAGAAUGAUGAUCAUGAUGAUGGUUCAGCCAUUGACUCCCACUUUCUAGCUCUCUUUCGUCUCUCCAUGACCCCAAACCUCAAAGAAACUCUAUAUGACAAUCCUCAACAAGACAAGAAAUUCAACUCGCUUCGUGGAAUAUUGAGCAUUAUUUGGUUGGCUUUGGGAUUGGAACAAAAACUCUAACUUCAAAAUGACGGACAAAUUGCGCCCAGACGAAUUGGAGGCGUUCAAGUCGGCCUUCGAUAUGUUUGACAAGAACCAAGAUGGAACGAUCUCUACUAAGGAAUUGCAUGCGGCCAUGAGGCGAGCGGGUCAGAAUCCCACGGAGGCCGAGGUCCAAGACAUGAUCAACGAAGUGGAUGUGGAUGGGAGCGGAUAUUUGGAGUUCCCCGAGUUUUGUCUGAUGAUGCACAAAAAGCUGAACGAGGGCGACCAAGAAAAUGACCUGAAAGAGGUCUUUCGAGUAUUCGGAAAGGACGAAACAGGCUGUAUCACAGCGGACGAGCUCAAAUUCGUUCUCACCCAUCUCCCUGGCAAGGUCACUUACAAAGAGAUCGAUGAAAUGAUCAAGACGGUUGACGAGAAUGGCGACGGGAAAAUCAACUACCAAGAGUUUCGAGUCAUGAUCGGCGCUAAACCCAAUUUGACGGCGGCCAUGGCCUCGCAGCAAAACGUGAAAGCCAAGCCCAAUCAGCCGAACAAGAACACGAAAAACACCAACAUGGCGAGCACCGGGGCCAAAUGAGUCCAAUCUGCAGUGCAUAUCAAGUCAUUCCAAGAUCCUUACCCAGGUUAUGGGCUUCCACUCCGCGCUCUCAAUACAAUCAUCAGUGAUACAAAAAUACAACCUCUACGACUAGUUACAUUGAACACACACACGCACACACACAACACACAACGUACAUCUUUCUGAUCUCGAAAAUGGAAAUUUCUACUUGAUACAAAACCCCUAGUUGGCUCUUCAUUUGGCGGCUCAUGUGGCCUCCCGUUGGAAAUAACGACUAUUCUUCGACUAAACGAAUAGUAAUUUCAAGAUCGCUAGCGAGAAUGAAUGACUGGUCCAACAAUGUUCUAGAGCUCCUCCCAAUGACCAUGUUAGUUGCUUGUUCCACGUUUGUUACCUGUACCACUGUUCCUCCAAAAUGCCCUCCAAUUUAGGUACUCUUGAAAAUCAAGAUGGCCAAGAGUACCCUUCCAAAUCAAUCCCAAUUACUGUACUUAUGUAUGUAGAGACAUAUUUGGACUACUGAUGAGAUUAAUCUGUCUACGGCAGCAGAUUGCAAGCCAGUAUUGCCGAAUGCCGGGAACGUUGUUUGAUUUGGCACGCGGAUCAUCUAGUAAUGGUUUGUGGCCUCCGAAACCAAACAGUGAUCCAGUAGUGGCAGCACUGACUUGCAAUCUACCGGUCGCAAGCAAUUUGAUCGCAAGAGAUAUUUGAACCAACCGAAAAGUAGAGAAUAUAUUUCUGACCCAAGUCAAAAUUCAAGAUACUUCAAAGCAAUCAUUUGUUCUAUGAGUACUUGGUGAUCGGAUGAUUAAUCUAGGAACUUUUGCAACAACAAAAAAUGCGACCAUAUGCGACCAAUUGAUUUACGGAAAUUUGAGCAAUUUGAUUUUAACAACAAUGAUGGAUUUUUUUUUUUAUUUACGUAGAGUAACGAUUUGAAAUUCAGAAGAAACAUUUUACCUUUUCAUAUUGAAAGUCACCAAGCAUUGCUUUGCUCACAUACCAUUAAUAUAUAUCAUCCUCGAAAUAGUUUAGAUUUCUGGCAAGCCCCACUUUCUUUUGAUUUCUUUCCAUCCAACGAGAUUGAAUUGGAUGAGAGAAAGGACGCAAGCAAAAAGGGAAGGAAGGAAAAUGAACGAAAUAAGUGGAAGGCGUGUUAUAUUCUGGCAAAGCACAUUCUCUCUUAGUGGUUGAUCGACCGAUCUAUGUUAUUUCAUGUGAUGUUGAACCUUACAUUCAUUUCCCCCUAUUCAAGUUCGAUGAGAGCCAUUUUACGCAUCCACCUUACCAUCAUAGUUAUUCCGAUAACGAGCAUUAAUCUUCCAAAGAUUAAUCGAGAAUCUGCUCAAAAGCUACGUCAAUAUUAUCAAAUUACGAAAGAUAUAAAUAUAUAUGUAAGAAAUAAAUUUGAAAGAGUCAUUUGGAA